AACAUUUUCAAUUUUUUUAAAAGUUGAACAAAAAUUUCCUUUUUUUUCUCAAGUUUUUCUGCUGUAAUUCCCUUCGUAUUUUGAAUUGAUUUUCUGUCAACAAAAACCAAAGCAAACCAAAAAAAAAAGAUGAAACUUGCACUAAUCGGUCAAUCAUUAUUUGCAAGUUCUUGUUAUGAAUUAUUUAAAGAAAAUGGUCAUCAAAUUGUUGGUGUAUUUACAAUACCGGAUGAUUCGAAUGGACGUGAAGAUCCGGUUGCAACGGUAGCUCGUAUGGAUAAUGUUCCUGUAUUUAAAUUUCAACGUUGGCGUUUAAAAGGAAAAAUAUUACCCGAUGUAUUUGACCAAUAUAAAUCGGUUGGUGCCGAUCUGAAUGUUUUAGCAUAUUGUUCACAAUUUAUACCAAUGGAUGUUAUACUUUAUCCAAAAUAUCAAUCAAUCUGUUAUCAUCCAUCAUUAUUACCAAAACAUCGUGGUGCAUCAUCCAUAAAUUGGACAUUAAUCAAUGGUGAUAGUAAAGGUGGUUUUUCCAUUUUCUGGUGUGAUGAUGGUCUUGAUACUGGUCCAAUUUUAUUACAAAAAAGUAUCGAUAUCGAUCCAAAUGAAACAAUCGAUACUUUGUAUAUGCGUUUUCUAUUUCCCGAAGGUGUUCGUUCAAUGCUUGAAGCUGUUAAUCUUAUCGAACAAGGCCAAGCACCACGACUGAUUCAAUCCGAAGAUGAUGCUAGUUAUGAUCCAAUGUUGAAUAAAAAAGAAUUAACCGAACUUAAAUUGGAUGAAUUAUCCGGAAAACAACUGCAUAAUUUUAUUCGUGGUUGUGAUACAGUACCAGGUGCUUGGAUACGUAUCGAUGGACAAACGGUUAAAUUAUUUGGUUCAAAACGAUGGCGAAGACCUGUACCGACUAAAGUUGAAGAAAUUAACAUUGAUAAUUGUCAAUCAAAAGCCUUACUACAUAAAGAUGGUUUAAUUUUACAAGGAAAAGAUGGCCAAAUGGUUAAUGUUACAAAAAUUGGACUAGAAAAUGGAAAAAUGAUACAAGCUUGUAAAUUUGGUAAACAAGAUGAAUCAUCUGAUCUUGGCGAUUUGACCGAAAUGGAAACAGAAUUAAUCGAAUUGAUUCGUUCGAUUUGGAAAUCCAUAUUAAACACUGAUAUUGAUGAUUCAAGUAAUUUUUUUAAACUUGGUGCCGGUUCAAUGGAUGUAACACGUUUAGUUGAAUCGAUUAUUGAAUUAGAUCAAUGUAUACAGCUUUCAUUAUCCAAUGAACAUGUUUAUAUGAAUUCAAAUUUUGAUGAAUUUUAUUCAAUGAUUAUUGGUAAAUUACGUGGUGGUGGCCAAGAUGAUGAUCAAUCUAAAAUCGAUUAUAAACCAAUCGAAAUGAUUGUUAAUAAACGAAAAUUAUUAUUUCCAAAUCAAUUAUUUAUACAAAAUGAAUUCGUGGAUUCAUCAAAUCCAGGGAAAACAUUGAAAACAAUAAAUCCAACAGAUGAAACAAUCAUUUGUGAAGUACAGAAUGCAACACGUGAAGAUGUUGAUCGAGCAGUGAUGGCUGCACAGGAAGCAUUUGAUUAUGGUGAAUGGUCACAAAUGAAUGCACGUGAUCGUGGACGAUUACUAUAUCGUUUAGCUGAUCUUAUGGAACAGAAUAAAGAAGAUUUAGCUACAUUAGAAUCAAUUGAUUCGGGUGCUGUUUAUACAUUGGCUAUUAAAACACAUGUUGGUAUGUCUAUUGAUACAUUUCGUUAUUUUGCUGGUUGGUGUGAUAAAAUACAAGGUGAAACAAUACCGAUUAAUAAUGCACGACCAAAUCGUAAUCUAACAUUUACGAGAAAAGAACCAAUUGGUGUUUGUGGUAUAAUAACACCAUGGAAUUAUCCAUUAAUGAUGGUAUCAUGGAAAAUGGCUGCUUGUUUAGCUGCUGGUAAUACGGUUGUACUGAAACCGGCACAAGUAUCACCAUUGACUGCACUAAAAUUAGCUGAACUUUCUGUUCGUGCCGGUUUUCCACCCGGUGUUAUUAAUAUUCUACCUGGUUCGGGUUCGGUUACCGGCCAAGCAAUAAUCGAUCAUCCAUUAAUUCGGAAAUUAGGUUUUACCGGUUCAACACCAAUCGGUAAACUUAUUAUGAAAUCAUGUGCUGAAUCAAAUUUGAAAAAAUGCUCAUUGGAAUUGGGUGGUAAAUCACCAUUAAUUAUAUUUCGUGAUUGUGAUUUGGAUCGUGCUGUUCGUCAUUCAAUGUCGGCUGUUUUUUUCAACAAAGGUGAAAAUUGUAUUGCUGCUGGACGAUUAUUCGUUGAACAAUCGAUUCAUGAUGAAUUUGUCCGGCGUGUAGUGGAAGAAGUGAAAAAAAUGAAAAUCGGAGAUCCAUUAGAUCGAUCGACUGAUCAUGGUCCACAAAAUCAUCGUGCACAUUUAGAAAAAUUAAUCGAAUAUUCGGAAAUCGGUGUUAAAGAAGGUGCAAAAUUAAUCUAUGGUGGUCGGCAAGCGCCAAGACCAGGAUUGUUUUUUGAACCAACCAUAUUUACCCAGGUUGAAGAUCAUAUGUACAUUGCUAAAGAAGAAUCAUUCGGUCCAAUUAUGAUUAUAUCAAUGUUUGAUGAUAUCCAGAAUCAAGAAGAUGUUGAAGAAGUAAUCAGACGUGCAAACAAUACUGAAUUUGGUUUGGCAUCAGGUGUUUUUACCAAAGACCUAUCCAAAGCAAUGUUGGUUAGCGAAAAAAUUUGUGCCGGUACUUGUUUUAUAAAUUGUUAUAAUAAAACCGAUGUAGCAGCACCGUUCGGUGGUUUUAAACAAUCCGGUUUUGGUAAAGAUCUUGGUCGUGAAGCAUUGAAUGAAUAUUUGAAAACAAAAACUGUUACUAUUGAAUAUUGAAACUUUUAACUCUUUUUUUUA